UCUAAUACGAGUGACCGACCCUAUUGUAAUUUAACAACACAAAUCAUUGCCUAUGGCUGGGGGUAAUUUCUCAAGUAAAAUAGGGUAUAAAAAACAAGUGUAUUUGUUGUUUCGCUGCGUGCUAGCGUAUGCUAACUGAUAGAAUCGAGCUAGGCUAGUUAGCUCAUCGUUUAUAUCGUCGUCAGUCCGUAAUAAUGCUGCCCCUACUAAAAGGUAAAAUAUGUAACCAGUUAGCGAGGCGUAAAUGCGUCACGUCGGUCACAGAGAGACACCGGAGUAACUCCUAUGUUAGCAUAUGGCGGCGGUAUGUCCUGUUAGCCGCUUAGCCCAGCGCUAACUUUGCUCGUUCGGUCUAAAGGCGACACAUGGCACCUCGGAGCUCACACUCAGGGAACAUGAGCACUGUUGCUCACUAUAAUAGUGUCUAAACAUGCGGGGGCUGUGUGUGUGCGCCCGGCGGAGGCUGCUCGGUCGGCACAAGACCGCAGCUACGCUCGGAGCCGGAAAAGAGCUUCACCAACGCCGCCAUAUGUCUGCGGACGGCGGCCUUUUGGCGGUUCACCUGGGAAGUCCUCUCGUUUCCUUUUCCUAAUCAUAUAUGAAAAAUAAUGACAUUUAUUGUCAUUUAAUUAUUUUUUAUUUGACGCCAGCCGUCAUUUAAUGUGCUCUCCAAAAUUGUAUUCAAUUGAUCAAAUAAGUUCUAAUAAAAAGGCAAGUUAUUUUUUCAAGUUUGGACGUUUUAACCAAUAGGUGUCCAAAGUCAGGCCCAGGCGCCGUCUUUGGACCGCAACUCAAUUUUUAUUGGGCCUUGUACACACAGAAGACAAAUGCAAGAUUAUAAACAAUUGCUGGAAAAAUAAAAACAACUGCAUGAGCAAAACGCUGACACUUGAAGGAAGUUUGUGAUUUAGACCUGAAGAAUAUCCGUCUUUGACAUGAGCCGGGAUAAAAAGAUGGUGCUUGUGAGCACUGGUUAGCGUUUCCACAUGUUGGAGGAGCAGCUGCACCCGAGUGGAGAUGCCUCCCUGCAGGGGGAGGCAGGUCUGGAGGUGGUGGAGGGCGAGACGGAGCCCAGCAUGCUGUUGCAGAAGCUCAAGACCAACAUCUCCAAGAGUGUUCAGACUAAAGUGGACCAGAUUCUGCAAGAUGUUCAACGUUUCUCCGACAACGACAAGCUGUACCUGUACCUCCAGCUGCCCUCGGGACUUGGUGCCGGCGACAAAAGCGGAGGUGACUGUUCAUUCACCACAUCAGAGCAACUUCACACAUGCAACUGGAUCCGUAGCCACCUGGAGGAGCAUUCGGACACCUGCCUGCCCAAACAGGACGUCUACGAGACUUACAAGCGCUACUGUGACAACCUGCAACAUCACCCACUGAGCGCGGCCAACUUUGGGAAGAUCAUCCGAGACAUUUUCCCCAACAUCAAGGCCCGAAGGCUCGGCGGAAGAGGACAGUCCAAAUACUGUUACAGCGGCAUCAGGAGGAAGAUGGUUCUCAACAUGCCUUUGCUUCCCAACCUGGACCUGAAGAAUGACCCGGCGGAGCUGACAGAGCUAGUGCAAACAUAUAAGCAGGAAGUGACGGACGCGGCGUGCAAGCUCAUCUGUGAUUGGGCACAGAAGAUCCUGAAGCGUUCAUUCGACACGGUGGUGGAGAUCGCUCACUACCUCAUGGAUGAGCACCUCGUCAACCCUCGCUGCAGCCAGGCGGAGCUGGUGGCGUCGGCAACGCUCGCUGGAGGUCCCGCCAAGCCUCACAAGGUCAUCAAGAGAACGCCGUUGGCGCCCAAAUGUGACAGUGACGCUGCUGACCACAAGAGGGACGGUGGAGACACCGCCUCCUCGUUGGCUGGGAAGCUUCCGGCCAGUGACAAGGGGCCAUCCAAAGGGCUGUCGCAGGAAGCUCCGCCCUCUCCUGCCGCCUCCUCUCUGCGUCCUGCGGUUGAGGCCUACAUGAAGCAGUUACCCAGAAUCCUCCCCAGGAGCUCCAUCCCGGAGAAGGGCCAGCUAAUGAUCGUUCCUCAGGGCUGUUUGUCCUAUGAGACUCGAGAGAUCGCCAACAAGCGCCCCCUAGAGGUGACAUCAGGCACUUCAUUCGGCGGAUCCAGUAGCUUGGCAGCGCCCCCAGUAAAACGGAAACGAGGAAGACCGAGAAAACCUCGACCUGAAGACACUUCGCCUAAACACUCCCUCCCCCCACAGCCUCCUCCGCCACCCGCAGCCCCACCCCACAGCCCCGUCAUUGCCUCAGUGAAGGGCGGCGUCAUCCAUAAGGCUUCCUCUGCGCCCGUGUCACAGUCCGUGUUGGAGCUAGUGAUCCAGGAGCCACCGGGCCUGGUUCUGAGCCCAGUUCCGAUCACAACAGAAACCAGCUCAAGGCUGGUCGAGCACCGGGGCGUGGUGGUGCAGUGCCAAGCGGGCAUAAAUUCCGAGCCGGACCGUCACAACCGCCCGCUGCUGCUGUUCCAGAGUCCAGGUAAUGCUGGCUGGGAGACGGCGUCGGCCGGGCGCACGCGUACUAUGGUGGAGGUGAUUCAGAAGACGCCGAGACCCAACAACAACAACAACAGCGCCACGACACUACCUCCUCCCAGGCUGCAGCAGGAGCGUGGGGAAGUGGAAAUUACGCUCACUCCGGUGGAGGUCAGCGUCCCACCGCCUGACCGUCCUUCCGCUUCCGUCAGACAGCAGCAGAAACAGGAAGAGGAGGGGCCUUCUCCUUAGUUUUUAUCUCACCAAGCCCCAUCCCCUUCCCUAUUGGUGGAAAUCCCAGAUUGGCCAAGCCAGUCGAGGAGGAUGAAUGAAGCCAGGCCUCGCUGACGGUCCAUCAGCUUCCAUUGCACUCAACAUGCACUGUGAAUCCCCCACCCCCGAACUGCCCCUCGCCCCCACCCUCACCAAAUUUAUGCCAUCGCACAGCCGUCCAUUCGGAAAAAAAGAGUUCAGUAUUGAUGGACUUAUUUUGGUACUACGGGUCAGAACCUUGUUAAGGUUCUUUGUUGCUAACCUCUCUGAGCAGAACUCAGCCUUGUCAAUCAGCUGCUUUCUGUGUGAGUGUGUGUCUGUGUUUGUGUCAAAGACCACAUCUCACCCCUCCCAACUCCAUCAAGCCUAAAUGAACGUGCACUUACUGUAUGAUGUCAUCCCUGCUGAUGACAGACAGAAAAAAGACAAAGCACAAAGCAAAUGUUCCAAUGCAGUAAAUGAAUGUUUAUUAGCCCACUAGCUCAUGCUUUGUUUGCACUAACACAACUACAUCAGUGAUUAUUAUUAUUAGCAUAAUUAGAAAAAGGAGGAGGACCUCUGAAGGAGGCGCAGUUUCACUCUGUUCACUUCGCCACUGGUGCUACGAUCCUUGGGGCCGCCAUGGACCUUUGUCGUUUUACACCCUGUGAGUGUGUUUGUGUGUGUGUGUGUUUGUGUUGUGGCGUCAGUGUGUCACUGAAACCCUCUGUCCCCUUUGCAACGUCACUGCUUUUUGCAGGAACAGGAAGGUAAGACUCCUUACUUCCUGCUCGAAAAGUCAGAGCUCAAGCGGGAACCUUGAGCUGUUGUUCUGCUCGUGUUUGGAAGAGUGGCUACAUGAAAUGACGAUUAGAUAACGGGACUCUUUGGUCCUGCAUUGUGGCGAAAUACGAUGAAAAGGUUCAGGCAGGUCACAGGGUCAGAUAAUCAAAGACAAAUUGGGUAGCACACACACUUGUCGUAUUGCACUUUCACACAACGGAAAGGACAACACUUGUGGGCGAAUGGAACACUUUUCACCAUCCUGGUCCAUCGCGGUUUGUUAGGAAGCGGCAGUUCACAAAACGGUUCUGUUGCGGUGGUGACGUCCCAAACAUUUCACGUCACAGUAGACAACAGGAAGCCUAUUCGUGGAGUGAAUCAAUGUUUUUUUUAUGAAAUGCUUCUUCUGUGUAUUUGUGUGUGCUUUUGUUGCUAUGACGACGCUCUGAGUGUCUUGCAUGGUUUUCCUGUAACGGUUUGUAUUUUAAAUUCCCGCUUUGUCUUUAUUUGUUCGCACUUUAUUCUUGAAAUGUUUUGUUGAUGUCGGUCCAAGUGUAAAAAAAAAAAAAGAAGACAAUAAUCAGCGGAAAGCACCUUUAAUUUCCCUACUCGUCCAAUUUUUUUGUUUGUUGUGAAGAGAGACAGAAAGUGACACACUCAUGUGAGUCAGAAUGGUUCUAUUUUACUACACCGCCUGAUGGGAAUAAAACGUGAUGUUAACAA